AUGCAUCACGGGCCCGAAACACCCACGAGUCGACAUACCACGGCAAGGCGAGGUCGCUGCGCGUCUCUGCCAACCGGCACGAGGCACGGCACCGUCCCCAAGACGCUCACGGCGGUUCAGGGGAGUUGGCUGUCGAAGACUGAGCACGGAAAAACGGUGAGGUAG